AUGAUGAGUCUCCAACUACUUGCACUUCUCGCCGCCGCUACACUAAUCGCCGUUGUCUCAGGCACGGUGGAGGAGACGAGCCUUAAAAUCAUUGAUGCACUAUCCCACGUCUCCUAUGAAGAAUGGUCACCAGUUUUCAUAGCAACUAACGAUCGUAUACGUGGUGAGGUUCUCCCAUCUACCCUAUUCAUCCCAAACUCCUCCGUCAACAUGGACGGUGACAGACAGAAGGUGGUUGCAUACCACAUUGUGUCUGAGAGGCUUGAGUUUGAUGAUCUUCUCCUCAAGUCAAGUCAUUCGAGACUGCCGACUCUUCUCACCGGCUCCUCGAUUCUGGUAACGAAUAAUUCUGCUUCUGGUUUUAGCAUCGACGGAGUUCUCAUCGUCGAACCUGACGUGUACGUCGAUUCCUUCAUGGCCAUUCACCGCAUUGCAUAUCCGCUGGAUUUCACAACUUACGGCAGCGGCGAAUCUGAGGCCUAA